GCAGCAGGAUCCUGAUUGAUCUGUCUCUGGUUCUGCAGGUCUUAUUCCGGGUCUAGGAUGGGGCGGUCCUCCAAAGACAAGAGGGACAUAUACUACCGUCUUGCUAAGGAAGAGGGCUGGAGGGCCAGGAGCGCUUUCAAGCUGCUGCAGCUGGACCACCAGUUCAACCUGUUUUCAGGUGUGAACCGAGCCGUGGAUCUGUGUGCAGCACCAGGCAGCUGGAGUCAGGCUCUCAGCCGCAAACUCAGAGGCGGAGAGGAGGAGGUGAAGAUUGUUGCAGUGGACCUGCAGGCCAUGGCUCCUCUACCAGGAGUCACUCAGAUUCAGGGAGACAUCACUAAGGUGUCCACAGCUCAAGAGAUAAUCCGUCACUUCGAGGGACAGCCUGCCAACCUGGUGGUGUGUGAUGGAGCUCCAGACGUAACUGGACUCCAUGAUGUGGAUGAGUAUAUCCAGGCUCAGCUCCUAUUAGCUGCUCUGAACAUCACCACUCACAUCCUGACACCUGGAGGAACUUUUGUAGCCAAGAUCUUUAGAGGUAAAGAUGUAACUCUACUGUACUCUCAGCUGAAGAUCUUCUUCAGCAGUGUGACUUGUGCCAAGCCUCGCAGCAGUAGAAACUCGAGCAUUGGUGAGCCAUCACCGUUGGGACCAAUCACAGAGCACCUGCAGCUGGAAACCUCUCCCACUUUUUUGUUGGAGUCCUUUGUGGUUUGUCAGAAUUAUUCUCCCCCAGAGGGUUAUAUCCCCAACAUGUCCAACCCUCUGCUGGACCAAUCAUAUGAUGUGGACUUCAACCAGCUAGAAGGAUCAAACCGUGUCAUUGUUCCCUUCUUAGCAUGUGGAGACCUCAGCGCCUUCGAUUCGGACAGAACCUAUCCCCUACAGCUUGAUGCUGGUAAAGAAUACGAGUACAUCCCCCCCACACAGCCACCUAUCCGGCCUCCAUAUGAGCAGGCCUGCCAUUUUCGCAAACACAACUUGCUGUCCAGAGAGGAUGCUCCUCCCAUCAGUCCCAUCCACAGCCAAGAAGAACGGGAACCAGCCAAAACCUCAUGACCCUUAAGUCGUGCUAGUGGAAAAAGGCCUUGGACAUUCUGCAGAUCAUAAUCUGUUAAGUCGUUCUGGUUCCCCAAGCAGUAGGAUGUGUUUUAAUGAGCUGACAUCUGAAAAAUAAAGGCUAUGACAUCUUACUGUA